AUGUCCCUACGAAGAGACCUCUACAAGGGCAGAAACAGCACCCCGCUUGCCCAGGGCAAGUCCGGCUCCGACGAAAAUAACCACUGGGUGAGAGACUGGUACGACCCUCUCGCCGCAAGUAAGGAGGACGCACUGCUACUGAACAGCAACAGCACUGCCGCCGCCAACUCGGUCCUUACCAACACCACCAACACCACGGCGUCAAAUACCCCGGAGGCCUCCGACAUGGCUGCAACUCCGCAUGACGAGAAGACUCCGUUAACGCUGACGAACGAGCCUGCCCAGCUCCAAGGCUACGAGGUGAAGACCUGGGUCAUCAGCAACAACGGCAGCGCCGCCGAGUCCUACACCGACUGCGACUUCGCCUCUAAUCCUUCGGCCACCCACAUCGACCUCAAGCAAUAUCGCUACCCUGCCGUCCUUCGCAAGGGUGUCAAUCUGACUGCCACUAGCAGCAAUAACCGUACCGCCGGCGCUAACGGCGACAACGACGGCGACAACGGCGAUGACGGCGAUAAGGCCGCCGGCGGAGACGGUAUUUCCGCGACGGAUAUAAAGUCUGCUGUCGGCGGUACCGGUGUUUCCGGAGAUACUCUUUUCAGCAGUAGUGCGGCGAUCGGCCAAUGA